GGGGAGUGGGACUGUCGUUUACAGUCGCUUUCACGAAGUCGCGGCAUUUUGGCAGAGUGCUAUGUGGUAGCUGCUAGCUGCGAGCCUGUACACUUCAUAUAGUCAUAUUAGUGUUGUGUUUUAUGUUUUUAAAGUAGCGUGUUGGUAUUUUGUAAAGCUCGGGCACCCGGCUAAAAGCGUGAAUACUUGCUCGCCAGCGUUAGCGAAGUAACUACCUAGCUAGCCACAAUCGCUGGCACGUUUAUCGCCAUUUUGCGCAUUCAACAGCCCAAGACUUUCGCCAGCAGCAAGGUGGUGGAUUUUGCAGCAUGGCGGAGGCAGACCGACCAGGGAAGCUCUUUAUCGGUGGGCUGAACACCGAGACUACCGAGAAGGCCCUGGAGCAGUACUUCAGCAAAUAUGGCAGGAUUGUCGAAGUUCUUUUGAUGAAGGACCGUGAAACAAACAAAUCAAGAGGCUUCGCUUUUGUUACUUUUGAAAGUCCAGCUGAUGCAAAGGAUGCAGCGCGUGAGAUGAAUGGAAAGUCUCUUGAUGGCAAACCUAUCAAAGUGGAGCAAGCUACAAAGCCUCAGUUUGAGAGUGCUGGCAGGCGAGGACCUCCACCCAUGCACUCACGCAGUCGCGGUCCACCCAGAGGCCCUCGUGGAUCCAGGGGAGGUAUGAGGGGUCCACCAUCCAGAGACUAUUACGAUAAUUCGGGGAGUGGAGAUACCUUCUUUAAAGGGAUUUCAUCCAGAGGCCCCCCUCCGAUGAAAAGAGGACCCCCAGUUCGUAACGGAGGUCCUCCGCCCAAAAGGUCUGCCCCAUCUGGUCCCAUGAGCAGACGUGAGUCCCCCAUGUCAAGGGACAGAGAUCCCUAUGGUCCACCCCCUCCUCGCAGAGAUUCCAUGAUGUCCAGGAGGGAUGAUUAUCCAUCACCAAGAGAUGACCAUUACAAUUCAAAAGACAGCUACUCCAGUCGGGAUUAUAAUUCUAGAGAUUCGAGGGACUAUGGACCUCCUCCCAGAGAUUAUUCAUACAGAGAAUACACCAAUUCCAGUUCCCGAGAUGAUUAUGGCUCAAUGUCAAGAGGAUACAGUGACCGCGACAGUUAUGGGGGAGGCCGGGAACCCAGAAGCUAUAUGGACCGUCCAAGCGGUGGCUCCUACAGAGAUUCCUAUGAUGGUUACGGUAACUCUCGCAGCGCCCCACCCUCACGGGGCCCCCCACCAUCCUAUGGUGGGAGCAGUGGAAGCAGUCGUUACGAUGACUAUGGCAGCAGUUCCCGGGAUGGCUAUGGCAGUCGUGACAGUUACCCCAGCAGUCGGAGUGACCAAUAUCCACCUAGCCGUGGAGAGCGAAUGGGCAGGCAGGAGAGGGGCCCAGCUCCCCCUGUCGAGAGAGGCUACCCUCCUCGUGAUUCGUACAGCAGCUCAAGUCGUGGAGGGCCACGUGGUGGCCGUGGUGGCAAUCGUCCCGAUAGAGGAAUGGCUCGCAGCAGAUACUGAACUGGACUUGGAAAUCACAUUAAAGCAAACGUUGGUCUCCGCUCACAGUUAACAAGUGUUUUGGAAAGAAAGCUGACAAGACAGACUAGCCAUGUCUAAAUCUGUGGAAUAUAAACCUUAGCUUUGAACUGUAUCUUGACUUUCCCAGUUUUUUAUGUGUAAGAAUUUUUGUUUUUUUUAGUAUUUCUCUUGCUCAUGUAACAGUACAGUUACCAAGUGAGUGUUAGUUUUUGUACAUUCAGUGCUGUUGGAAUCUGCAAUGCCCUAUAAGUCUGGCUUUCCUACUCUAAUAAAGCUUUUAGUUGUACCUUGA